AUGAUCCAAAAAAGCGAGAAAAACAUUGUACGCGAUGUCUCUGGCUCAGAAAUUACUAAGAAUGAGGCGGAGUCUCUGCAUCUCUGCUGCAAUACUCGGCACGGCGAACGUCAACGCUUGCAAUCCUCCUUGAAAGCUGAAGUUGAGUACUUGAGAAGUUUCAACAAGCAAUUGAAGCAGGAGCGCGACGACCUCAACGACUACAUCUACGAGCUCAGCGUAAUGGUCUAUGAUUUCAAACACACUAAUCAAUACUCGCUCUCGUACUGA